UUGCGCUGGUGCUGCCGGGGCCGCUCUGGCGCCGCGGGGGGAUGCACGUGGUCCCGGCCCAUGUUCGCAGAGCAAGAGUGGGACGAUGGGCGCGAGGGCCCCGACCGGGAUCUAUGGGGGUCCCGCGGCGCCCCCGAUGGCCGCGGCCGGCCGGGACCGGUCCCUGGGCGGGGAAAGGUGACUGGAGCUCGGCCUCCGCAGGGCCCCACGGCGGCGAGGAGGAAGCGGCGGCGGCCGGGGGCUGAUGGCGAGACCCCGCGGGGGCGGCCCGGGGAGCGGCCGGACACAGGUACCAGCGGCCGCGGGGCAGCGCCUGCAGCGGGGCCGGGACCCGCACACAGGGCCGGGGAGCGGCCGAACGAGGAGCCCGCGAAAGCGGCGCGGAGGCUGAGCCGGCGGCAGCGGCUGAAGCGGCGCCGGGAGGAGCAGGAGCAAGAGCAGCAGCAGCAGCAGCAGCUCCCUGCGGACCCGGCUGCACCGGCAGCGGCGCCGCUGGGCCGGGCCGCGGCUCUGCGUGCCCGCAUGGAGGAGCGGCUGCUGGCCGCCCGGUUCCGGUACAUCAACCAGCAGCUCUACACGUCCAGCAGCCGGGAAGCGGCGCAGCUCUUCCGGGACGACCCCGAAGCCUUCCAGAUCUACCACCGCGGCUUCACGCAGCAAGUGAGCCGCUGGCCCGAGAACCCGGUGCAGCGCAUUGCGAGUGCCCUGCGGCGGCGGUCAUCCUCGCUCGUGGUCGCGGAUUUCGGGUGCGGGGACUGCAAACUCGCCAAAAGCAUCAAGAACAAAGUUCACUCCUUUGACCUGGUGCCGCUCAGCCCGGAGGUCACCGUCUGCGACAUGGCCAAGGUGCCUUUGGCAGACGCGUCAGUGGACGUUGCGGUGUUCUGCCUGGCGCUGAUGGGCACCAACCUGCAGGAGAUCCUGGAGGAGGCCAACCGGGUGCUGAAGCUGGGGGGUACCCUGAUGGUGGCCGAGGUGGCCAGCCGCUUUGAGGAUAUGCGAGCCUUCAUGAGCGCCAUGGCUCAGCUGGGCUUCAAAAGCAUCUCCAAGGACCUCUCCAGCGCCUUCUUCUACCUGCUCGAGUUCUCCAAGACCGGGUCCCCCCGUGGCCGCCCCACGCCGGGGCUGCGCCUGCGGCCCUGCCUCUACAAGCGCCGGUAGCGCCGGUCCCGCCCCGCCGGCACCAAUAAACAGCCUCUUCCGCAUGA